AAGCAACGAGUUGCUUAUUGUGUGCCGUGUUCUGGAAGAGCGUUGCCAUGGCUGGUCCAGUUGUCAACGUGAAACAAGGAUUGCUCCAAGGUGCCGAGAUCGAGAAUGAAUUCGGAGGGUCCUUUAUAUCUUUUGAAGGAGUUCCUUACGCAGCACCUCCGGUCGGAGAUCUUAGGUUCAAGGAGCCUCAGCCUCUACAGCCAUGGACAGGAAUACGGCAUGCUUUGGCAGAAGGAAACCAAUGCCCACAACGCGACGAGUGUUCUCGUCAAAUUGAGGGAGAUGACGAUUGUCUUUACCUGAACGUCGCGACUCCCUCACUGGAGGGUUCACGACCGGUGAUGGUGUGGAUUCAUGGUGGAGGUUUCAUAUGGGGUGACGGUGGUUCAAAUCUCUACGGUCCAGACCGGUUGGUAAAGAUGGAUAUCGUAAUCGUGCGCAUAAACUACAGACUUGGUGUUUUUGGUUUCCUACAACUCGACCAUGAAGUGGCGCCUGGAAAUAUUGGACUUAAGGAUCAGGUCGCAGGGCUCAAAUGGGUGAGAGAAAACAUCGAGAAAUUUGGCGGCAAUCCAAAGAAUAUUACGAUCUUUGGACACAGCGCUGGAGGCUCAUCUGUUCAUUAUCACCUGCUCUCACCCCUCUCCAAAGGUCUUUUUGAUAAGGCGAUCGCGCAGAGUGGCGUAGCUUUCAGUCCUUGGGCUAGUGUUUCUGAGACUGUCGAGAUGGCGCAUCGACUUGUUAAACAUCUUGGAAAGGACACCAAGGACCCGCAUGAGAUCGUUAAAUUUCUUCGCACCAUUCCAGCCCUCGAACUCGCUAAAGCUCAGGAGGAUAUCCUAACUCCGGAAGAAAAAUAUCUAAACAUUGCCGCCUUCGGAGUCUCCGUCGAUAACAAAAGUCCGGAACCAUUUCUCCCACGUUCUGCUCGCGAGAUUCCGGCAGAUGGUUGUUACGAUGUGCCGCUGAUGCUCGGCUACGUCAGUCACGAAGGGCUCGACUGCACCGUAGGUUUAACCGAUGAAGUGUAUGCCAAUGGUGACCAAUAUUUCGAGACUACGGCUUCUCACCAUCUCUGCAAAUUGCAUCUAUCAAAGAUCCCGAUUGCCAUCAAAGAGAUCAAGAAAUUUUAUUUCAAGGAUAAACCAUUUAACGCAGAUGUGAUUGAGGACUACAUCCAGUACACCGGGGACAUUGAGUACCUUGUUGGCAUCCACGAUCUAGUUGAGAUUCGAAGCAGAGCAAAGUCUCCAACCUACCUGUAUCGGUUCUUCCAUAACCCGCCUCGAAAACUUUCCACAACGAAUUUCGUCGAGAAAGACAUCGAAGGUGUCGCGCAUGGUGAUGAGCUUCCAUUUAUCUUCUAUCCGGGCCAUUUUCGUCAUAUAAACUUCAUUGAGCCGGGUUCAACGGAGGAGUUGAUCUCGAAAAGAUUCCUGCGAAUGUGGACUGACUUUGCGAGGACUGGAAAUCCAACUCCCAAACUCGACGAUCUAAUCAACGCGAAAUGGGAACCCGUUACAACCACCGCAAAAAAUUAUAUGGCUAUCGGGGCGGAAAUUAUUCCCGGAGUCAAUCCUGACCAGGACACCAUACAGUUCUGGAAACGUCUCCGUGAGACUUACAAGGAUUAGUAGUAACGUUUCAGUUGCAACAUUUCUUGUUCCAUUGGUAUUAACCAUGGGCAAAGCUAUGAAUUAACACUAUAAUUCCUAAUAUUCUGGAUCCAUAUUAUUUUUCUAUGAGUAAAUCCUCAAGUAAGUAAAUAUAUUUUCAAUACCGUGA